AUGUCCAGUGUCUCUUUCCAGGAUGUCUUUGGGAGUAUAUCCCCUCGGGUUCCGUCUCCUGGUGUUCCUGCUCGUAUACAUCUUCAUAAAGAUGUCGCCUCGUACUCGAUCGGCAGCUCUGAUAUCUGUGACAUCCAGAUUACAGGGCAUGAACUAGUUGAGGAGUAUCACUGCACCAUCCAGUAUGACUUCGAGACGGGAAUGGCGACGGUUAAGGAUCGAUCUGGUCAUGGCGGUACAUGGCUGAAUGGUACAAAGGUGUCGACAUACGCUGGACAGACCCAGACUCUCCGUGGUGAAGUACAGUUAUGGCUUGGAGCCCCGAUUCUUCCGGGGUCUUUCGGCUUUGUCUAUAAACCCACCAUAUUGCACUCGCCUGUUCUGGAGGAUCGAUAUGUGAUCCAAUGGGACAUGCCGUUGGGCGCCGGCGCCUCUGGAGUAGUAUGGAAGGCAAGGAAGCGGCUCAGCUAUGGCCCUAAUGCCGUACGGCGAGCUAUCAAAACCCUUCACUACGAAACCGGGGACGAGCAACGCCGUGCAGCAAUCAUCAACGAAGUUGAGAUAGCCAAGCAACUCAGUCAUCACCCUAACAUCUGUUCGUUCUUCGAAGUUCUUGAGGACCCAUCGAUUGGCCAAAUGUAUGUCGUGCUAGAACUUGUCGAGGGACUCAACCUCGAAGAAUACGUUCUACGCAAAUCCCGGCGGCGGCCCGGCAAGGGUCUCGGCACGUUACUCCUUUUACGGAGCGUACACUUCGCUGAUGACGGACACAGCUGUCUCCUGUGGCAGAACAUCUUACUCUCGCUCAAAACCGGUUCUGCCCCCACGGUCAAGGUUUCAGACUUCGGAUUGUCCAAGAGGUUCAAAGAAGAUGUGCUACAGACUGUAUGCGGCACGCUCGCGUAUGUCGCCCCGGAAGUUGCGCAUCGGCAUCAUUUCAAAGUGGGAUAUGAUGAGGGGGUGGACGGAUGGAGUAUUGGUGUCAUUGUCAUCUUCAUGUUGACUUCCUCGUCGCCGUUCAUCUGGCCCCGCACGUUUGUAACGGACCUUUGGAAGCAAUUGGACGAGAGACGGCUGAACAUGCAGCAACUGUACUCGGUGACUAGCGACAAGGAUUGUCUGGAUUUUGUCAACUCUCUGUUGGUCCCAGAACCAGCCGCACGCCUCAGCGUGACGGAGUCGCUGAAUCACGCGUGGCUGUCUCAGAUCUGA